AUGGCAGCUCUCCCUCUUUGUAAUCCAAUCCCUGGCUCACGCGGUCAUUAUGCAUGGAUACUCCGAGGCCAAUCAACUUGGCCUGCAUUCCCACGUCAUGGUGCAACCGUACGCUUAAAAGAAUUUGUUGUCCGAAAUACAAAGUUCAGAAUUUGUGCCCUGAAUUCAAGAUGUUUGUACUCUGCAAAUGAUGUGGGUUGGUGUGCAUUGGUUCUCUCCUCCAAUAAAACCAAACAUUUUAUGCGUUUUGUUGAUGAUAGGCUGGACAAUGCCAAUGCGGUUGUAAGAUUAGUCAUGGAAUUGAGAAAGCUCCUUCGUUGGCAAGCAUACAACGCGUCCAUUAAACAAAAAGUGUGUCUAGACCAGGGAAGGCAGAUCGGAGCAUUUGUGGGUUUGUUUGCAUGCUAG